AUGUCGGCCGGCCGAAAAAUUUUUCGCUGCGUCGUUGACGAUACCGCCCUUACUACUAAUAUCAGCGAAAUCAAGAAAUGGACUUCAUCCGGCGCUAUCACUCUCAUCGUUCCACUCUACACCCUUGAACGUCUCCGGGCCUUGAAGCGAUCUGGCUCUCAGAUCGGCAUGAAUGCCCGGGAAGCCGUUCGCUUCCUCGAUCGGGUCACAUCUGGCAAACAUGAGAUCCCAUCCUCGAGGAUUGCACUCCAGGGUCCUAUGGAGCUGUUCGAAACAUGGGAAGCAGCAGAAAAGUACUUUCUUCCAGAAUUCGAAGAGGACGUUGAAGAUCUCUCGGAGGGUGAUGAAGACAGCGAUGAAAACGCUCCACACAAGGACAUGAAGAACGGAGAGGCCGAAAUCGAGCAUACGGAGACUGCGAAUCCUAAUGAGAUGUCACAAUUGCUCCUUAGCAAACUUAAUUUCAAGAAGGAACCUGACGCGGUGUCCGUAAUUUCUGGCGGAACUGGCAGCAAUGCUGCGUCCCUUGUCUCGGGAAGUUCGCACACAAGUCCCAAAUACAUGGCUGCUAAUCUUGAUGUGGCUCCUUCGCCUAAAUCGAAUGUCAAGGGCUCCGUAAAUUCACACUGCCGCUCCGCCUCUGGAUCUGUUAUCCCGUCAGUGCCAGCGACCAUCAAACCACUACUUAGUGCAGUCCUCUGGCGCCUACACUGCCAACCCGGUUCAACGCCAGGGGUAAACAGAUGCAUUCUUGUUACUAAUGAUCUAACCACACAGACAUGGGCCCAGAAAUUUGGCAUUACCACAAAAAAUAUCCACCAGUUGCGUACCGCUAUCAUCUACGAGGAAAAAGAGUUCAAAAACCACUGCAAAUACAUUGAAAGGAACCAAUCUGUGGAACCCGAGCGGCUACUUUCAUACGAGGACGAGAGUGAUGAGGACGUGCUUGUAUUUGUUCCCCGUGGGCCAGGAAAAUCCGCCUCUCGUGGCACAACGAUUAAACGCGCAGCCACUCAUAAAUCGGCUGCAAGUAAUCGGAUUGCUAGUACCAAUAUGAAUGGUGGUAACGUCAAAACAAAAAGUCAAAUCACUCCUGAGGCGACUGUUGAAGUUCCAUCGGCUCCCAUCGACCCUAACUCAUUUAGUCGCAAUUUUGGCACUACGAGGACGAGCCCCCCGACGGAAAUCCCUUCCUCAAACGAAAGUCUUCCGCGAGCAUUUUCUGGUUCCAGCCCGCGCGGGCAGCGCCGUGGAGCUCCUCGCGGCAUCCCGCUUCGCAGUUCGACUCGAGGCCGUGGCAAACUUUGGGUCCCUUGAACAGAUGGCUUAAUCCAGCGGCUUUUACUCAGCUGCCGGAAGUGGUGAUCUAUUCUUUUGACGUCUGAAAUUGAUCAAGGAAGCAUUUGACGACAUGAAACCAGCCUCGUUUUCUUGGCAUUGGUCUUUUUAUUACCUGGCCAAGGUUACCCGAAUAUAUGGAUUUUAUCCUCGUUCAGUCUAAUCGAUCGCUAUAGCCGACUAUACUCGGGAAGAGGCGGUUUGAAGGCUUUUCUAAGAUGAGAUGUGAAAACCCACAUGGACUCACCUGUGUGGCUCAUGUCUCCGUUGCCAUAAACUCGACCCUUUUCAAACCCUUCACUUCGUGACUGUUGACAACUUUUUUUCGGGGCCUGGAUUGUGAAACCGAACAACAAGUCCUCGCUUUGCUAUCUGCGUUCCUUUUGCGAUCCAGCUUCUUUAUGCCUGCUUUUUCUGUAGCAUAGUAGAGGGGGGUUUAUUUUGCCACAGAGAACACAUGGUUACUGACCGGUGUCAGGCAGUCUCCGACAGUUAGGAGAACCGUGAGUUUUAGCGCGAGGAUUUUUGAUAUUCGGGGUUAGCUACUUAAGAGCGAAUAUGAUAGUUUAUAGUAUGUUGCGACACUGGCGGAAAAUUGUAAUUAUCUCGAAGUCAAGUUUGUGUUUGGAGGAAAUUUUUGCUUCCUAUCAUGAGCUAUUAGUUCGCAAGAUUUGUUUUUGUUUGCUCUCUUCCUUCUUUUGAAAUUAUUCCAUAGGUUAUAUGCGGUGUUCAAUUAACUGUAUCCUUCAACGUUUUUCUUCCAAGAACUGUUUCAAAACGAUAAGGGCUCGUGCAUAUGCAUCUACAAGAAUGUUAAUUUCAUUUUAUGUCAGAAAAAAAA